GCCGGGACCCUUGGACAUCAGAUGAAGGCUGCAGGGCCUCACUUUGUUCGCCCACAGCCUCAGGCAUCCUCUGCAGUCUGCACCGCCGGCGAUGGUGCCCCCUGUCCGACUCUUCCUGAAUCCUCACACGCCUGCACGCCGCCUAUCACUUCGACGGCCCGCCGCCCUGUCGCUCACUCGCUGAUGCACUCGUUGUCGCGCCCGACGCUCCCCUCAGGCACCCCCCGUGGCCGUCAGCGCCGCUCCGCAUUCCUCGCGCCAAAAUGCCCACCCUGCAGGCCGCUGACCGAGCACGCGAGCUCGAGCGAAUGUACCAGAUGCGCCGCGGCCAUGUCCCGCACAUGUCCAUCAGCGACGACAACCACCACGUCACCGAAGCCAUCGGCGACCUGUACGGCCGUGACAGCGACUCCGAGUCGCCCAACGGCAGCUCGCGCCCGCUCAGCUUCCUGCCGGACUCCCUGAGCGAGAGCAUCCACACCCCCUUCAAUCCCUUCCCCGACAUGGCCCCGCCCGCGAAGUCUCCCCUGCGUCCGCAGCUGCCGCCAGACGGCACGUCCCAGCUGUCCACGAGUCCCAGCGGCCCUGCCGGCAUGCGUGCCAACGACCAGCUCUCGCCGCCGCUGUCACGCUCCUCGUCCGACACGGCCUCGCAGCAGUUCCCCCUCAACGACCUUGACUACGAGUCGAGCCCUGCCGGCCUCGCCCAGGAGCUCAGCAAUCUGCAGGCCAUCCGCCGCAUGUCCAUGGAUGUCCACAACGCCGACCCCGACCUGCCCUCGUUUCAGUCCUACAGCUCCGGCCCCGUCUCGCCGCCGGCCAUGUCUGACGACGACGACGAAACCCAGCAGCUGUUCUGGGUGCCCGCUCGCCUGCACCCCGAGCUGGCCCCCAAGGAGUUCAAGACGUUCAUCGAAGAGAAGGUCCACACCAUAAGACGCCGCUCCGGCGACCUGGGCUCAUCCUUGUCCCCGGAUAGCGGCAUGGGACGACAGGACUCCGGGGGUGGUCUGCGCAGGAAGAAGUCUAUGCUCUCACGCCAGAUCGACACCGGUUCUGGCUACAAGGACGGCGCUGAGCGUCUGGAGAGGAAACGCUCAGGCACUCAGCCGAACGGCGGGUUGGCGAAUCUGCAGGAGCUGGAACAUAUUGUAGAGGACCCGGCGGCCAUGGUCCGACGAAUGAGCAUGUCCAGGAGCCCAACGCCAGAGGCGGUCGACGGCGACGCACCGAUCAUACCUGGUGGCAUGGGAGGCGGCAUGGGCACAUUGAAGCGUUCUACACGUACCACGUAUAGACGAGGCAGUCUGAGAAGCACGGGUCGAUCUGUACCACUCUCGAGACGACUUGUCAGUCGCAACGCCGAGACGGAUACUGAAGAAUCGCCAGCCACUUCGCCCACCCGUCCAGACGUGCCCGAGCUGCCCAAGUUGGUGGGCAUCAACAGAGUACAGUCAGAGCCAAUCAAUGGUGCUUUCGAGUCUUCCAACUUCUCACGGCCCAGGAGGAAGACGCCCACCGAGGAGGAGCAACGACCCGGUUCUGCUGAGCCUCAAGGACGGCCUGGCUCAGCCGAACCUGAGCAAGAGGAGCGCAAGGGCUCGAAACCCAGGGCCUUCCACUCGAGGAUAGCAUCCAACGGUCGGACAAGUGCUCACCUGCCUGGCUACAAUGCCCCUGCACCAACGCUCGCAUCACCUGUCCCGCAAAUCAUCGAAACCCCCCCACCUCCAGAGCCAGAGCGAAAGCAACAAUACCAGCUUCCUGAGCGCACGACCUCACGACAGCCGCUCGCACAGCAGCAACAGCAGCAGCAGCAAAGGCCUCAACAAUAUCAACAGCAGCAUCCGCCGCAGCAGCAGCAGCCCAACGGGCCACGAGCUCAGACCCAGCCCCCGCCCCAGCAGCAACGACAGUCGCCUGUUCACAGACAGAACAAGCACGCUCAAGCUGCUCAAAAUUCUCCAAUCAAGCCACAGCAGUCGCUCGAUGACCUGACGCAACAUCCUCCUGCUAUUCCCGGCAAUCAUAGCACAAGAACUGACAACCUCUCGAUCAUUCCAAAUCUUCCGGACGAAAAGAAAGAUAAGAAGUCCAAAGACAAGAAGGAAGAUGGGCCAAGGAAGACGAGUUGGGGCUGGCUCGUCGGCAACGACAAGAAGGAGAAAGAGAAGGAAGAGCGCGAAAAAGAGGCGGCCAAGAAAGUCAAGAACAAGCUCAGCAAGCCGCAGGAGAAGCCUGAUGAUACCCGGCUUGACUUGCUGCAGUCUGCGAGUGGCCAACGUGGGCGAGAGAGCGUUGUCUUGGACCGCGACAGCGUCAAGCUCGAAGAGGAGCGAAAAAAGGAAAGCAGCCGAAAGGCAUCCGGCGACAAGAAAGAGAAAGAGCAUGGCCUGCUCUCUUCGAUCUUCGGAGGUGGAAAAAAGAAGAGCGAGAAAGAGUCGAGCCACAAAAAGAACACUUCACGUGGUCUGUCUCCCGAGCCUCCGCCUCGAACCCUCAAGCCCGACAUCGACUACAACUGGACCCGAUUCUCCAUCCUCGAAGAACGUGCCAUAUACCGCAUGGCUCAUAUCAAGCUCGCAAACCCUCGCCGAGAACUUUACUCCCAAGUCUUGCUCAGCAACUUCAUGUAUUCCUAUCUCGCCAAGGUACAGCAAAUGCAUCCGCAGAUACAGAUCGGAAACUCGAAACAGGCCAAGCUAGCUGUAGCUCAACAGAAGAAGGAGCAACAACAACAGCAGCAGCAGCAACAGCAACAGCAGCAGCAGGCACAACAGCAGCAGCAACAACAACAACAACAGCAGUCGCAGCAGCCUGAAGAGUUCUCGCAGUAUCAGCGGUAUCAGCAGCAGCAGCAGCAGCAGGCGCAGCAGCAAGAACAGCCUCAAAAUUCGAGCGAAUGGCCAAGUGCCUACGGACAGCAAGAGCAAGGUCAGCAGCAGAACGGGCACCAGCAACAGCAGAAGUAUGGCCAAAGUCCACGUGACAGCCACCAUUCGCAGCACAGUGUGAACGGCGGAGGCUACAGUGUUUCAAACAGCUCAAACUAUCUCGGCCAGCCCGUGCGGCAGGGACAGCCCGGUCACUCGGACUCGGAUAAGAGCGGAGACGAUGACAUGUGGUAGCAAGCGGAGGCAAGACGCCCUAUUCAUCUCACCACAAUUGCUGAGCAUCAUCAUAUUUUCUCAACGGAGCGGACAGCCAUGGACAUCUCGUCCGCAGAUCGCACGUUUCCCUUUUCUGUAUUAUAUGUAUCGGCCUCCUUCUAUUUGGUGCGCUAAUUUCUAUUAUCACAUUUCGAUCUACUUCUGCUUUUGUACCAGGAGUAUAGUAGGGAUGUAGCGGGGCGCACACGGAUGUAUAGAGAGGAAUCUUGGGACAAAUGAACUGCACGGUCGUGGAUGCAGGACACAUGUACGGUCGGAACGGGAGUAGUUGUAGGAAGGUGCAGGCUUAGCCGAGUACACCUGUAUACAGAUGUAGUACCG